CGCGAGCAGAGUCAUGUCCUCGAGCAUUGCGAACAAGGAGUGCACCAGUAUCUAUGUCUUUCGUCAGUCAGGUAUUUGCAAACGCGACGGUGAAAUUAUUCCGAACACUUCCGUAUGAGACGUUAUCUUCAGCGGGGCAAAGAAAUUUUCAGUCAUUCAAUAGUAUCUUCGCAGACUCUGUUUGGUUUUCUCCGUUGAAUGAAAAUUUUGAAUUAGAGAUAUUUUAAAAGAGAAAUAUCUGUGCGCCAAGUUAGAAUUCGCAAGUGACUGCUACGUGUGAAGUGUUAAUACUUUACCUACCAACUUACAGAACAUCUAGUUUGUUAUAAAAUCUCACGAAAAUAUUAUGAAAUAUUGUAAAAUGCGAAGAAGAAGAUCGUGAUCAUCAAAAUAUUGUAAAAAAACUACUUUAAUUUAGUUCUAACGCACAGUAUAUCCGUGAAUGAGGAUAAGAUAAAGAUAUUGCUCGCCUGCGAGAGUGAUUACCAUAGGGUCCUGAUUUCGAUAUUCAUUGGUAAAAAAAGUUCUGAGCAAUUUUUCGCACGCGACAAUUGACAUUAUAUUAAGGACGGAAAGUUUGAAGAUUAAUUUUUACUUUUUCGCGACUCACAUUUUUUAUGCAACACAAUGACUAAAAUGGAAAGGAUAGAAGAUGGCAUUUAUAGACAAAAUGGCUAUAUUAACGAGGCCUUCCAGCUGGACGAUUUUGACUCUUCAAAAUCGGAUUUUCACGGAAAUACUCCACUUGAUUACGCGACAAUGACGCAGCUCGAUAAACGGCAGGAGCAAUCUGAAAGUUUAGAGGCGGAAUGGGGAGGUAGACUGGAGUUUCUGAUGGCCUGUAUAGCCACUUCCGUCGGACUAGGAAACGUGUGGAGGUUUCCGUUCACCGCGUACGAGAAUGAUGGUGGUGCCUUUCUAAUACCUUAUAUCAUAGUCUUGAUCCUGGUCGGGAAACCGUUUUAUCUUUUAGAGGGACUCUUGGGACAAUUCACCAGUAGAUCUUGUGCAAAAACGUGGUACAUGACGCCGGCUAUGAAGGGUCAGCCAUUACCAUAUCAGCGAUAAUCGGCGAUAAUGGAGAGCUCAUAGGUAUCCAAGUUUUAGUUAUAAAUUCGGCCAUCAAACAUAAAAAAAGUAGACUCAAAGACGAACUGAACUGCUAAUAAAAAUUCAUCCUUGGGAACAUUGCAACAUCCUAAAAUUCCAUCUCUUCUCAGUGCUCUUAAUGGCCAAAUUCAGUGGAAUAUUAGUGAAAAGCGAAAUCACAUCACUAACGAAAUUAAACUAUAGUCACUAUCAAUGUGUAAACUUUUUAACUUGUU